UUUCCCUCCACGAAGACACAAGGGCAGGAACGCGAGCGCUGCCCCUCCGCCAUGGGAGGCCGCUUCCUGCUGACGCUCGCCUUCCUCUCGGCGCUGCUGUGCCGCUGCCAGGUUGACGGCUCCGGGGUGUUCGAGCUGAAGCUGCAGGAGUUUGUCAACAAGAAGGGGCUGCUCAAUAAUCGCAACUGCUGCCGGGGGGGUGGCCCCGGAGGCGCCGGGCUGCAGCAGUGCGACUGCAAGACCUUCUUCCGCGUCUGUCUGAAGCACUACCAGGCCAGCGUCUCCCCCGAGCCUCCCUGCACCUACGGCAGCGCCAUCACCCCCGUCCUCGGUGCCAACUCCUUCAGCGUCCCCGACGGCGCGGGCGGCGCCGACCCCGCCUUCAGCAACCCCAUCCGCUUCCCCUUCGGCUUCACCUGGCCCGGCACCUUCUCGCUCAUCAUCGAGGCUCUGCACACCGACUCACCCGACGACCUCACCACAGAAAACCCCGAGCGCCUCAUCAGCCGCCUGGCCACCCAGAGGCACCUGGCGGUAGGCGAGGAGUGGUCCCAGGACCUGCACAGCAGCGGCCGCACCGACCUCAAGUACUCCUAUCGCUUUGUGUGUGAUGAGCACUACUACGGGGAAGGCUGCUCUGUCUUCUGCCGGCCCCGUGACGAUGCCUUCGGUCACUUCACCUGUGGAGAGCGUGGCGAGAAGGUCUGCAACCCAGGCUGGAAGGGCCAGUACUGCACUGAGCCGAUUUGCCUGCCCGGGUGUGACGAGCAGCACGGCUUCUGCGACAAGCCUGGGGAAUGCAAGUGCAGAGUGGGCUGGCAGGGCCGAUACUGUGAUGAGUGCAUCCGAUACCCAGGCUGCCUGCAUGGUACCUGUCAGCAGCCAUGGCAGUGCAACUGCCAGGAAGGCUGGGGUGGCCUUUUCUGCAACCAGGACCUGAACUACUGCACUCACCACAAGCCGUGCAAGAAUGGUGCCACAUGCACCAACACUGGUCAGGGGAGCUACACUUGUUCUUGCCGACCUGGGUACACAGGCUCCAGCUGUGAGAUUGAAAUCAAUGAAUGUGAUGCCAACCCAUGCAAGAAUGGUGGAAGCUGCACUGAUCUCGAGAACAGCUAUUCCUGUACCUGCCCCCCAGGCUUCUAUGGUAAAAACUGUGAGCUGAGUGCAAUGACUUGUGCUGAUGGACCGUGCUUCAAUGGAGGGCGAUGCACUGACAACCCUGAUGGUGGAUACAGCUGCCGCUGCCCAUUGGGUUAUUCUGGGUUCAACUGUGAAAAGAAAAUCGAUUACUGCAGUUCCAGCCCUUGUGCUAAUGGAGCCCAGUGCGUUGAUCUGGGGAACUCCUACAUAUGCCAGUGCCAGGCUGGCUUCACCGGCCGGCACUGUGACGACAACGUGGACGAUUGCGCCUCCUUCCCCUGCGUCAAUGGAGGGACCUGUCAGGAUGGGGUCAACGACUACUCCUGCACCUGCCCCCCGGGAUACAACGGGAAGAACUGCAGCACGCCGGUGAGCAGAUGCGAGCACAACCCCUGCCACAACGGGGCCACCUGCCACGAGAGAAGCAACCGCUACGUGUGCGAGUGCGCUCGGGGCUACGGCGGCCUCAACUGCCAAUUCUUGCUCCCCGAGCCACCUCAGGGACCAGUCAUCGUUGACUUCACUGAGAAGUACACAGAGGGCCAGAACAGCCAGUUUCCCUGGAUCGCAGUGUGUGCCGGGAUUAUUCUGGUCCUCAUGCUGCUGCUGGGCUGCGCCGCCAUCGUUGUCUGCGUCAGGCUGAAGGUGCAGAAAAGGCACCACCAGCCCGAGGCCUGCAGGAGCGAAACGGAGACCAUGAACAACCUGGCGAACUGCCAGCGCGAGAAGGACAUCUCCAUAAGCAUCAUCGGAGCCACUCAGAUUAAAAACACAAAUAAGAAAGUAGACUUUCACAGCGAUAACUCUGAUAAAAAUGGCUACAAAGUUAGAUACCCAUCAGUGGAUUACAAUUUGGUGCAUGAACUCAAGAAUGAGGACUCUGUGAAAGAGGAGCAUGGCAAAUGUGAAGCCAAGUGUGAAACGUAUGAUUCAGAGGCAGAAGAGAAAAGCGCAGUACAGCUAAAAAGUAGUGACACUUCUGAAAGAAAACGGCCAGAUUCAGUAUAUUCCACUUCAAAGGACACAAAGUACCAGUCAGUGUACGUCAUAUCAGAAGAGAAAGAUGAGUGCAUCAUAGCAACUGAGGUUAGUAUCCCACCUGGCAGUCAGACAAAUCUUGGUGUGUGAUUCCCAUCCAGAGCAAGUCAGGGCAGCCAAACCAUUCUACCUGCCGCCACACUCAUCUGUACCCGCUGAAACGUGGCCACCUUUGGUCUCUGGCACUGCAGAUGUUGAAAAAACUUGUUGUGGAUUAAGAUAAGCGCCAGUGGGGGGUUACAGGGACAGCAAUUUUUUCAGGCAAGGGUCUAACUGUAGUGCAGUUGUAGCCUACUAACCCUACUGACUCAUUCUUUCAUAUGCUUCCUGCAGAGCCCGCUUUUGCUUGGCAUUGAGGUGAAGUCCUGACCCUCUACAUCCUCGUAGUCCUCUUCUUUCUUUUUAUUAACCUCUUCUGGUCUCUGCUUGUGUUUUCUCU